AUGGUCGCCAAAGCAGAAGUAGAGACAGCCAAAAAGGAAGAGAUGGAGAAGGUGGUUGUCGAGGACGGAUCUGAUGACUCCGACGAUGACGCCCCAGGACUCGACGGCGAAUUAACGGAAGAACAGAAAAAGGUGGCAGAAGCUGCAGGGCUCGGCGAUCAGAUGGAUAAGCAAGUGAAACAGAGCCGCUCUGAGAAGAAGGCACGCAAGCUGUUCUCAAAGCUCGGAUUGAAACCGGUGACAGGCGUAUCGCGUGUGUGCAUUCGCAAAUCGAAGAACAUCCUCUUCGUCAUCAACAAGCCCGAUGUGUACAAGAGCCCCGGCUCAGACACUUACAUUGUGUUUGGUGAGGCGAAGAUCGAGGAUCUCUCGCAACACCAGCAGCUGACGGCUAUCGACAGAAUUAAACCCAGUGAAGACACCCCAGCUCCGCUUGCUACCGUUCAAGAGGAUGAGGACGAUGGCACUGAGGAGGACGCGACGGGUAUUGAAGAGAAAGAUAUCGAGCUCGUAAUGUCGCAGGCGAACACCUCCCGCAACAAGGCGAUAAGAGCAUUACGGUCCGCAGACAACGAUAUCGUGAAUGCCAUCAUGAGUCUGACGAUGUAG